AUGGAUAAGCCUUGGUUGGCUCAUAUUAAUAGUUCCUGCGUACUUUGUUCUGAUGGUGCUGAUGAGACCCAUGAUCAUCUUUUCUUUCGCUGCACUUAUUCACGUGGCUGCUUGACGGUUCGACGCACACUUCGAUUUGAUUGGCCCAACCGAGCUUGGGCUACUGAUGUCUUAUGGGCUGCUCGCAGAUGGAGAGGCAAACACUAUGUUUCUACGGCCUACCGCGCUCUUUUGGCCUCGUGUGUGUACCAUAUCUGGCGUGAGCGCAACAUUAGGCGAUUUGAUGGAGUACAAAGAGAUACACGCACUGUGGGUGCACUGAUGGUUCGAGAUGUGCAACAGAUGAUUCUUAGUGUAGAAUUACCUACUGCUGUUAGCACUUGUGCGCUUUAUCGCUUAUGGCGGAUUCCUUGA